AUGGAUGAUAAUGAUGAUGAUGGUGAUGGGGACUUUGAUGUUGAGACUCAUGGUAUAAGGGAUGACAUUGAUGAUGAUGCUAUGGAAGCAAGGAAAGUAGGGGAUGGUGACGAGGAUGACACUGAUGAUGAUGUUUGGGAAGUAGAGGAUGGUGAAGAGGCGGAGACUGAGAGUGAUGACUUUGAUAUAAGCGGGUAUGAAGGUGUUAGUAAUGAAGACAACGAUGAGCUGAUACAAGUUAGAGAGAAAAUGAAAGCAUUUAAAAUGCAAACCGAUGAAAGGACGAAGAGACAUGUAAGGAAAAGGAAGAAGGAACAAGCAAGGCAAUCCAAUGAUGCAGGUGAUGGGUUCAAGGAAAUUGUGAAGAGUUAUGCCAUUGUCAAUGGAUUUGAGUUAUGGUGGAAGAGGAGUUAUAAGAUCAAUACUGAGGAUCUGUGCAAAGAACAUGACUGUUCAUGGAGAAUUUAUGGUAACUGGACUCGUAAAAAAGAAGGAUUUGCUGUGAAGAUAUUUACUAAUGAGCACACGUGUUCCAGGGUUGCAAGGGAUAAGAAGGCAACAUAUGAAUGA